CUGCAGUUAUUUUUUUUAUUUACGAACUGCUAUUCACAAUGCAUUUGCGAAACAGGAACUUUCAAAAAUCAAAGCAAACAUUUUGAUAAGGCCGAUACAAUCAGUUCGCCUUGGUCGGCGGUAGUCUAUCAGUUUGGUUUUGAACGGUGUAGCGCGGUAAUAUUAUCUAACAAGCAUAUACUGGCCACAACAAACUGUGUUCUUCCCUAUAAAGGAAAUCCUUUGGACUUGGAUGAAUCAAAAAGCCAAUUUUUGCCAAAAAACUUUUGGCUUAAAUACACUGAGAUCCACAUAAGCAGAAAACAUAAACUGGACGUUAAACACGUUUUUCUUCAUCCAGAGUAUCAAAGCAAUCCAUAUGGUUUUCAUGUGGCUAUCCUAGAGACUACACAAAAAAUGAAUUUCAACGAAUAUACUGAAGCAGUCGUACUGCCAACUAUGCCAUUAAACAUUAAUGAUUACCCGUUGCAGAAAUUACCUAUUGCAAUUUCUUACGAUCUAGGUAUGCUUACCUACACAAAAAAAAUGAAUGUGUAUUUUUGGCCAGAUAAUAUAUGUGCAUUAAUGAAUUCCGACGAAAAUGAAACAAAUUUGAUGUGUAUUGAUAUUGAAGAUGAGUGCCCGGACUGUGAUAUAUGUCAGUUCCAGUUUACAGAACCAAUAUUUCACGUUGUUGAUGAUGGAUUCCAUCUCUUGGGACUUCCAAAACAUUGUAAGCGAACAGCCAAUUUAUGGAAUAAAUACACAUACCAAUAUGAGCUAAAAUCAUCAGCUGUAUAUGUUCCAGUAGCACAUUAUUUGCCAUGGAUACACGGAAUACUUUCUGAAAGAUGUCAUUGUAAAACUGAGGCGAAUAGUCAUUCAAUACUGCGAUACACUAAAGGAAUUAUAUUUUAAAAUUAUAAUGAAUAAUAUGGUACUAAAUUAUGAUCAUGUAAGAAAAAUAUGAAGUGUUGGCAGUAAUUAAAUUCAAUAAUCAAGCGUACGAAUUAUGGCACCAUUGAAAGAGUGCCAUAAAAAGUCUUUGACCAUUCGCAUAAUAAACCAUUGCAUUACGCUGUAAUGAACUUCUAAAUAAUUUUAACAAAAAAAAAACACGCACAUUUAAUUGAAACUAAUUCCGACAUUCAUUCUUCAUAUAUAUAUUUUUCUCGUUAUU